UCAGCCGGGACCCGCCAUUUUCUGCCGGGAAAGGCGGGAAGGGGGAGAUCGAAGCCGCCGCAGCUGCACCGCGGGACCCCCCACGGCUCCAGCGCCGCCGUCAGCGCCGCUCGCAGGCUGUGACGGCCCGGCAUGGCCCGCACCAAGCAGACGGCUCGGAAAUCCACCGGCGGUAAAGCGCCGCGGAAGCAGCUCGCCACCAAGGCGGCGCGGAAGAGCGCGCCCUCCACCGGCGGCGUCAAGAAACCGCAUCGCUACCGCCCCGGCACGGUGGCGCUGCGCGAGAUUCGCCGUUACCAGAAAUCCACGGAGCUGCUGAUCCGGAAACUUCCGUUCCAGCGGCUGGUGCGGGAAAUCGCGCAGGACUUCAAAACCGACCUGCGCUUCCAGAGCGCCGCCAUCGGCGCCCUGCAGGUGAGGGACACACCUGGGCAGGUGAGGGGCACACCUGGGUACACCUGGGCACACAAUGACAGGAGUGGGCCCCGCCCUUUGUCCCCGCCCCCGCGGAUGAUUGACAGCCGCGCUGCCCAAUCAGCGGCGCGCGGUGCAUGCCGGGAGUUGUAG